GGUGGGGGGUGGCGCAGGGACCCUUCAUCUCUGGAGAAAUAUCCGGAGAGCGAGCGCAAGGAUGCAAAAACGCGUCACUUUUGCCGACGAGGUGCUGCCCAACGUGAGGCGGACCCCCGUCCACUUCUGGGAUGGGAUGAAGGUCCCGUGCCUCACGCCCAGCAUCACCUCCAAGGAGAAAAUAAGCGUCUGGGAUGCGGUGUCAGCCUACAUCCACGAACACCUCCUGCUGCACCAGGGCGUCCGAAUUCCUGCCCUCGGCUCCUUCGACGUUGUCCCCAAAUUGGUGAAGGACGGGAACAAGACCCUGAUUUUGCAGAUGCCCACGUUCCGCCUGGCCAGGAACCUCGUCGUCACCCACAGCCUCACCGCCAACAAGGAGUACCUGCCAGGCCACAAGGAGCUGGAGCCCCUCCACUACCCCGAGGUGGCCGCCCAAAUCUGCCUGUCCUCGCAGAGGGUGGAGAGCUGCAUCCAGGGCACCACGUCCCUCAUCUCUCGCUGCGUGGGGAAGGGGGAGAACAUCGCCCUGGUCCUGAGGGACGUGGGGGUGCUCCUCAUCGAAGGCACGAGGGUGGAAAUGAAAUUCUAUUCCGACUUCCUGCAGAAGGUGUCCGGGAAGGAGAACCUUCAAAAAGCCUUUUUCAAGGUCCCCCAGCUGAUGGACGUGGUGGUGUCCCAGGGGGCACCCUUGGCCUCCCUGACCUUCUCUGGCCGUGUCAUCGUCUUCCCCGAGUUUGAGAUGGAGAGCAUGCCCAAAAAAACGCCCCAGGAGCACUCCAAGGAGAAGAAAGAAGGGGCUUUUCCUCUUCUCGGCCAAGCUGGGGGAAGAAAAGCAGCUGCUGGUUCCCUUCGAAGGGACGGGAAACUGAGUCCUGGCAAAGGUCUCGGGCUUCCUUCCCUUGCCCCCACGGCGUCGACAGAAGAAGCAGCCCUGAAGGGGGAGGCGCAGAAGGCAGGGAAGGCUCCCUUGAGGCUGCCGGCCAUCCCGGGGACUCCUCGCAAGGCCGAAAAAUCGUCACCCAAAGGCAAAACAGGACAGGCAAAGACACCCGGAGCCUCGAGGCAGAGAGCAGGAAGAGGAGCGGGGAUGUUUCCUCCCUGCGUGGGGGAAAACCCGGCAGCCAAAAAGCCCCCCCGGCCCCCGGGACCCACAGAGCUGUCCUUCCCCGUGAUAAGCGUCUCAUCACCGGCCAGCUCGGAGGCCAGCCUCCCCGAGGAGCCCCCCUACAACGUCUACAGGCUGCAGCCCCCGGGAAAAGAGGGGGCAGAAAGGUUAAAAAACAGGCCCGAAACCUUCUGGACGGUGCUAAAAGAACCUCAGAAGAAGGCGUUAUCCGUGAACGGCACCAACAGCACCCGCCCGGUGGCACCCGCGCCCCGAAAACCCGUGUCAGCCCAACCCAAACCGCCAAAAACUGGGCCGGGGCUCUCCGUUUUGUGGCCCCGGCCACCCUAAACUUCGGGCUUUGAGCGCCCGACCCAGCGAGGAGGCCAUCAGAGUUGGCAA